AUGACUAUUGUGACCAAGGAUCGCGAGUUCAAAGCACACAAGAUAAUUCUUGGAUCCCAGUCUAAUCAUUUUUCCCGCAUGUUUCAACGUCCAUGGAAAGAGACCAAAGAAAACCUCAUUGACCUCCAUGACGACGAUCCCGCGAUCAUCGAGGAAAUGCUCCGCUUCAUGUACGGAUUCAGCUACACCCCCAGAUCCGACACCAUCCCUCCACUACUCUUCCACGUGAAAGCCUACCGGAUCGGAGACAAAUACGAGAUCCCCGGCCUUAAAGACGCGGCCAAACGCACAUUUGUGAAGGAUGUCAAAAGGGACUGGAAAAGUGAUGCCUUUGUUUCCGCAAUCAAGGAAGCAUACACGACCACAAUGCCGACGGAUAGAGGCAUUCGAGACCCUCUAGUCAACAUAGCCAUGCAACAUAUUGAUACCUUUAUGCAGGAAGAAGAAUUCAAGCGGGCGCUGCGGGAAACGGUUGGUUUUGGGUGUGAUCUCUUCCAAGUUCAAUAUGAUCAGGCAAAGAGCCAACAAGCAAAGAGAGCAAUCUAUGAAUGUAACACCUGUGGUUGCAAAUUCUCUAUGGAUUGUACUCACGCUGCCGGGUCCUGUCCAUCAUGCUAUAGAAGGAGUCUCCAUACUAUAUAG